AUGUCACAAGUGCAGAGUGAAACGCAACCGCUGCGGACACUGCGGCUCCAGAAUGGCCAGGUGUACCAGUUCGAAACGAACGAGUCAGUAGAUGCAGAUGAGAUUCCGAUCAUUGAUGUGUCGGGAAUGUACAGCGAUCUCCUGGAGGAUCGUCGCGCCGUCGCUGAGAAAGUGAGGGAAGCAGCCCAUCGCAUUGGUUUCUUCUACAUUAUUGGUCAUGGGCUGGACCCAAGCCACGCAGAAGAGGCGUUUCGGCAAGCAAAGCGAUUCUUCGCCACGGACGAAGGGAAGAAGAUGCAAGUAUGGACGGGGCUGGUGCCGAACGAGUUCGUUGGCUACCACCCGAUGAAAGCCUACAACCGCAAUUCGCUGAAGCGGAACGACUUGAGUGAGGCUUUCAACUGGUCCUACGAGCCAUCCGUUGACCCGGAAGCCGUUGAUAAGGACGAGGAGUCUAUCAGCAUCUGGCCAUCCGACCUUCCAGGCUUUAAGGAGGGCCUCCUAGCGUACUACGCGCAGCUGCUAAGGCUUGCGCGCAGGAUGACUAGGCUAUUCGCCCUUGCCCUUCAUCUCCCUGAGGAGUCUUUUGACCAGUAUAUAACGCGACCAGAGGCUGGGAUGCGUAUCCUCCACUAUCCUGAGCAGGACGCCUCUGCCGACGACCAAGCUGGGCUCGGCGCUCACACGGAUUUUGAAUGUUGGACGAUUGUUUCGCAGGAUGACUCGGGUGGACUGGAGGUCCUCAACAAGGCAGGCAAGUGGAUCAAGGCGAGUCCUGUGCCGGGCUCGUUCGUCGUGAAUAUUGGAGACUGCUUCAUGCGGCAGACGAACGACUACUUUGUGUCAACUGUGCACAGGGUGAUCAACAAGAGCGGGAAGGAGAGAUACUCAGCACCGUUCUUCUUUGGCUUCGAUCGGAGUAAGCUGCUGGAGCCAGUUCCAACCUGCGUCAGCGAAAACAAUCCGAUGAAGUACCCCAUCGUGACUGCGGGAGAGUACUAUAAGUGGAGAGCGAACAAGGCAAAAACUGGAAACUCGGAUUUGAAGUUGCAGGAAGAGCAAUGA